AUGGACGUUGGUGAAGCGGUGGAAACAUUCAGCGUUCAUCCUCGAAUAGUAUUUUUACAUUGCAUGGAAGUUGUCUUACGACUACCUGGCAUUUUUCUAUUUGAGCUUUGGUGGCGUAGUCGAGAUAUGCACUUUAGUACUGAUUUAUUCAAGCAGUCAGUUUCAUCAUAUUUGGAAGUGGAUCAAAUUAUUGAAUUUAUUCAAAUGAAGAAUUUUGAUCGAACUGGGGCACAGAUACUGAGCUAUACAGUUGUGCUUAUAUCAUUUAUGUUUUUUCUUCUUCCUCUCUACAAACUUGUCCAAGUUUAUUUCCACAUACUUUCAUUACUGCUAUUUUCUGUGGCACAUUAUCUCUCAUCUCGAUAUGUUCAACUGGAGCAGAAUGGUGAUCCUGAUUUGAAGUUAGAUGAUUUCACGAAAUUAGAACGGCACGGAUUUCAUAUUUUGUUGGUGCUCUGUGUAAUUCAAAGUUGUCUUCUAAGAUUGGAAAAUGAUAUUGCACGAGUUACGCUUGCAGUUUUUUUGAUACCAAUAAUUGCUCGAAUGUGUUCAGUGCCUAUUGAUCGCUUAAUCAUUGCUCAUAAUGUGGCUUGUUCUCUGGCAGUAUUGGUAAUUUGCAUAUAUGUUUUAAACAAAGCUCCAGUUCUGCUACUGUCUAUGCGUCAUUUAGUGCGAUACCUUAAAGCUUUCAUAAUUCUGCAGGGUAUUGGAGGAGGUGCUGCUAUUUUGUGGUAUCGUUUACGGCUCGCAGAAAUAUUAAUCUCAGCAUGGUUAAUAAUGUUUUUUGUUCGAGUAUAUAUACAUUUAGCUGGAAAAGGAGGAGAUUUUGGUGAAAUUGGUGCAAUAUUCCUAGCAUCAGUGGCAGAAAGCACAAACACUCCGUUGUCAUUGUUAGCACUGGCACUGACUGUGAGCUGUUUUUGUAAGCAAAUUUUGACUGUUGCGGAGUGUAUUGUUGGCGGACAACGAGUUCAUAGACAUGUUCUGGCCAACGGCGGCUAUACUGGAGCACUAAUACUUACACUGCUUUGUGCACAAACAGGCGUUCUCGGAAUGCGAACUGAGCAGAAAGCCUUCCUACUUGGGCUAGUUCUUUUCAUUGUUGUAUCUGCCUUAUUGCAAUCGUUAUACGAAAUUCUUGAACCACAAUUACUUGCGUUAGCUGCAAAUAGAUCGACGAACCGAGGUCAACAUAUGCGAUCUGUUUUUCUGGCUAUCAUUGUACUUGUGGCAUCCCUUUGUGCUUCCAUUGCUGUUACUCGAUUUCUACCCAUUGACUUGUGGUGUCUAAUAAUAGGUUCAAAUUGUUUGCUGACGGCACUACAUACGUUAUCAGCUCUCAUUGUAUAUGCCAUAUAUAGAUUGGAGACAGAGUCUAUGGUUGCAUGGGGACAAGCUGACUACGUCGUAUUCCUAUGCAAAACGAUUACUUGUGGUGUUGAAGUAUUACUUGCACUGAAUGUUGUUUGCUUCGGUCAUUGGACAUUAACAAGCCUGGCAGUUCUGGUGUUCUACAUGUAUUUUAGUGUUUGGAGGCGACUACAGUCUGGAAUUGUUAGGGUGCAAUCACGACGUGCAGCAUAUUCGAGCUUAUCACGACUGCCCCGUGUAUCCAAAGAAGCAAUGCAACAACGACGCGAUGCAUGUGCUAUAUGUUUGUCUGAUAUACUGGAAGAUGCACGCAUAACACCUUGCAAUCAUUUUUUCCAUAGUGAAUGCUUAAAAAAAUGGCUGUAUGUUAAACAGGUGUGCCCUUUGUGUUAUUCAGACCUCUGUAAAUGUAAGAUUCCUGAAGCGCUUGAACAGCUGUUUUUGGAAGAACGUCACAAUUUCAAUGCACCAGAAGAAAUAGAAGAUGGUAAUAGCGAGUCAUUUGGUACUGAAAAUCCUUCUGAAGAUGAGUAUUUUCCUUGGGAUGUUUUGAGUGGUUCUGUAUAUACUAUUAAUUAA